ACUUGUGAACGAGCGGUCGAAUCGAACCGCUAGUCUCACUACACAAAGACCUGCUCGGCAUCACUGAGGAUUAGUGUACCGGAGAUCAGAAUAGUUUAUGCGCACAAGCGCCAGCAUUCGCUCCAGUGAUCACUCUUCGGAGCGGUUGCGACGAGCCUGCGUGAUCAGAUGCUUGGCAUCAACAUGAAAACCAGUAUGACGUAUCAGUUGCCUGGAAGAUGCGAUCUACCUUUGUUCCCACCGACAUUGCAUUACGUCUCCUCCACAAACCUAGUUCUUGCUUCGACAGCGAAAGCGGAGACUGUAGGGACUGUCUACGGAUCGUGCGGAUGAGUGCCUGCGGUGCUACGUGCUUUCGACGCAGGGCUGGAUUUUGGAGUCCGCAAGAAAACCGGAAGCUGAAGACCGACCCCUCGCAGCAUUUUCAUGGAUUGUUGUGGUGACCAUGAGCUCAUUCGGGCCCAAUCCACAGCCCGCUACAACCUUCAUGUCUGUCUCCAUGAACCAUGAUUGAUGUGCGCCUGACCUCGUCCUGCAUGUUCACCGUCAUGGAACUGCGUCUCAGUAGCCGUCGUUGUAUCUGAGGACUACCUUCAAGACUGGGGCUUCUAGGGUGAAAAAAUGCAGAGGAGCGACACGAUGAUUUGAGUUCCGAUCGUGGAGGUUUAUUACAUUCCGUACGCGUUAAGACUCGGCUCGAUCUCUGAACUAGCUGAAACUGAGCUCGAUGAACCUGCAAGAGGCAGUCGCUGAUCUGGAUCUGCAUCCGUUCAUCUCGAAGGUGCCUCACAUUCCAGUUAUGGACUUGAAGAACUGGGACAGGGAGGAAUUUCAAUUGAGAUCCAUAUACUCGGUUCUUUCGUCCGGCGACUGGCUCAAGGUGAAUCGCCUGCUGAAACAGGCCAAGACUGACCUUCUCGAUGAACCUCGAGAUGGUGAGCUUCAGUGCACCAUUCCCUUAGGAUCUUACUUCGGACAAAUGGAUCUCUGUGGAAACUCAUGAACUGCCUGCGGGAUGUCGUAAGUCUGGCCGUGAUGGAAACUGCCAAGACGGACGAAGGAUCCGCAGCCCUCCAUCUGGCCUCCAUGGUCGUGCGUGUUCCCCGAUCCACUAUCUGCAGCACGCCAAGGUGGCAAAACUGCUCCUCGACGGCAGCAAUGGCAACACCGAGCUCUAAACUGCCAAGACUGCCGUGGAGGAGUGGGCAGCGCUGCUUUUCGCCGCCGAGUGAUCAGAUCGAUGCACUGCUUGCUCUGCUCGCGGGAUAUGAGAGUGCAGGGGCAGCGAUUGGCGUACGUUCUUCGCCACUCCCCUGCAUUGGGCUGCUCACAGCGGAGCCACUGAUGUGGUGAGAUGCCUCAUCCAUGCCUCGAAGCACCGGCUGUCGAUGAAGACGGCUCUUCGGGCCUGCAAUUCACGGCCGAGGAUAUGGUGAGCGAGUAGGACAGCAAACCACAACAUGCUGCUCGAGCUGCUGCACGAGGUGGAGGUUCAUGUGCAGAGACUGUGCAGAGACCGGGAGAUGUUCGUGGAUGCUCCCGACGCAAUGCUGGUCGGAGCUGCUGUGAUCUCGAGCGUCACCUUCGGAGGAUGGCUGCAUGCUUCCCUGGGGUAUGUCAACUGGGGAGUGCCCAGUUAAGCACAGACUACGCAGCCGUUGACGAGCACUUGAGUGUCAGACUGUUGCCUUCUACUUCGCCAUGGCUACUAUUAUUUCUGGAGACGGAUGCGCCGAACACCUUCUACAUCAAAAGAGCCGUCAGGUGAAUCUCCUACAUGCUUAACUCACCUCGUCUCGUGGAUGGUUGACUUAAGACACACCGAUAAUUAGUCGUUCUGCACAAUUGCUGUGCCAUUCGCGGAGACACGGAUUGCAUGGGGUCGUAGUUCAACCCCUUCAUGUAGGAACUGCAUUUUGUCGUCUCGUGAAGCAAAAUAUUGAACGUUCUGGUCUAUUCAGUGUCUUCAUUUGCUAGAAGUUCUGACUACAUUGUGUUGCUCAAGUCAUCUUAACUUGGAAGGUCAUAUUUUUUUGAUGAUUGUAUCCGGAAUUUCCAAAUGACAUUUUUUAUCUAAGCG